AUGGAUGAACAACUAAAUAACCCUUUAAUCCAACUGCCCAACGAACUGCACCUGCAGUAUGCCUACUACCUGGACGCUCGGGCCCUCAGCCGACUGAGCCGGACCUGCAAGAAAUUGAAGAACAAGUUCAGCGAGGAGCUGGAGCGAGCCCGCGAAGCGCAUGAGUGGGCGAUUGUAGCCGUCAACUACUGGGGAGGCGAGUGGGGAUCACAAACGACCGCCGACAUCGAGGCCAGGAUGCGGCAAGAUAACCAGGGGGCAGCAAUCGCGGUGGAAGCUCAUCCCAAAAGAUGGAAGCGGUACCCUCGGCUGUACCACGUCAUCAAAAUGGGCCAAAUCGACCUAGUGCAGAACUAUCUGAGAGCCCGGGGCGAUCCUAACCUCCGAAUUAGGCUGGGUGCCAUGCCGAGUAUCAACAAACCCCUCCUGCAUUGGGCGUUGUACACCGGGAACUGGGACGGACAUACGACAAUCGUCAGGCUCCUGCUCGAGUACGGCGCGGACCCCAACCUGGAUGAAACGGAUCGGAAGGAGGGGAUUCGAGGUGCCGGGACUGCGCUGGAUUGGGUUGGGAGAGAGCAUCGGGGUCUCUACUUCAAAGGCCAGUACCCCCAGCCUGGUGACGCGGAACGAACCAGGCUGGCUCUGUCCUACGGUGCAAGGGCCUCACUUCAUGAAACAAUCUACAGUCUAUAUCAGAUGGAAGAUGGCUCGGCCCUGGUGCAGAUGGCGGUCGUCAAUGGAACGGAUCUGAUGCAGCUGGGCUUCGAAUGGCACAAACUGGUCGGGACGCUGUUCUGGGAGGAGACCAGAAAUCGGUUCACCGACGAGCAGGUACGUGAGCUCUUGACCCUCGAGCCCAAGCUAGUUACCUUGGUAACGGACGCGGCGAAGUCCGCCGUUCCGUAUAUCAGACGGCAUAGACUAGCCCUUGCCGAGCGCCUGAUUCGGGAACCGAGCCCUUCUUCCUGGCUGGCGAAUCUGUUUGCGGACUUAUAA